UUGCAAGUCAGGAUUUUCUUUUUAAUCAUUUUCGUUAAAUCAAAUUUUUCGAUAUCAGAAAAGCGACCGUUUGACACAAUUCAUCGUUGUUCCUGUUUGUACUAUUUUCCAACACUAAAAUAUCGAUAUUAACGAGGUAGCCCUUGAUUGCGGCGUCGUUUGAAAGCAACUGUAAACUAUUACCAAUACAAGCAUAACGUCAAAACGAGAAGCAAAAAGGAAAACUAAAUAAUAGGAAACAAAGAAUAAUUAAUUGCAAUUUGUCAAACUAAAACAUUUGCUAAGCGAUAUUUGAACGCGACCACAGCUGCUUGUCAGUAGUGUUGCACAGAAAACGAUCAUGACUUUGUCGCGCUCUGAGACAUCACUGCGUCGUUCCGCGGUGGGCAGCCACCGUGAGAGCAUGAUCCGGAACAUGACCAAUUUGGUCAACGACGAUGAGGAGGAACGUCGUGAGGCACGACGCCGCACGCUGAUACAGCAACAAACUCCUCGACAUCGGGACAGCAGCGUACUUGAGUCCAUCGAAGAGAACGAGACGAUAAAGAAGUGCCUGGAAAUCUACAAUGGCAACAAACUCAGUCGCGACAAUGCCUGGAGCUUAUCGUUGAUAGACACUCUGUCCAAUCUACUUGAUCGGCAUCACAAAACCUUGAGCAACUUUAAGAUGGCAGGCUCAUCUCUGGAGGCUUCAUCAAAGGUUUAUGGCCUACGUGUGGAUUCCAUAUAUCUGGAUGCUAUGCGCAUGUCUGCAGGACUCAGUGCACGAAAACUAACCGAACAACAGCUGAAUGCAGCUGCGGAUCGCGAAGAGAAUAAUGAGGAGAACGUUGAAGGUGCCGCUGCCAAUGAUAAUUCGCAGGAGCAGGCUGCGGCUGCGGCGCCCAAGCCAAAAAAACGUGCGCGUAAGGCGGUCGCCACUGUAACCAAGAACAAGGACACACUCAAUGCACGCUUGGACACAGCGCCGUUGCAGGAUGCAGUUUUUGGCAAACUCAACUCCACAGUGGGAUCCAUUAAUGCCUCCAAUCGGCUGAUGCACAACAUACUGCCCACGGUGGACUCUGAACUAAAACUGCGUACAAAUUAUCGCUUCUGGAAUUCAGAGGAGCUGCCGGCGGAUGUGACCGACUAUACGGUGAUGGACACUGACAUAAAAUACACGGAUUCCCAGACGCUGGUUAGUGCAGAAUGGGUUAAAAAGCUGCUGCGCUACGAGCAACAGCUAAAUCUGCGACCUUUGCAUACGGGAUACAUUAUUACCGAUGCUCCUAAUCCGAGCAAUGCCAAUGAGCCCAUGGUUCCCCGGCAGCUUCCAGAAGAUGAGGAUAUGGAAGUGGAUAAUGCUGAUGACUUCUAUGAGAAUCCCAAGGAGCUAUCUAUGGCCUUUGACAUCAAUGCCGAGUGUGAGCCCAUGCCGGAGCUGGAUGGACCGAUGCCAGCUGCUUUGGAGGUAGACGAGAUUGAGCUGGAGGAGCUGACAGCCGAAGAGCGUACCACUCUGCAAAAUUGUCGACUUUUGCGCAAGCAACCGGAGCGUAUUGACGAUCUGCGUCCUGUCGAUGGCAGCAGCAGGCUAGAGUACUCAUAUCGCCCAAUGGAUCAAAUAUCUCAAUUCUGGGCUGGCCCGUCGCAUUGGAAGUUCCGGCGUACACGCGCCCGCAGCACGUUGGGGCAGCUGAACGUGCAGGAUAAUAAUGCAGCAUGUGGACGUGGCAGCAGCACCAACAACAAUGCAGCUGCCGCACGUGCACGUCGUGCCGCUCAGCAGGCGGCAAGGCGACGCAGCCAACAGCUGAACUUUGGCCUGUAUAUUGAAUCGAUGUUUCAGACACUCGAAUUCAAUACAAAACUGCGCAAGGCCAACUGUCAAAAGAAAUGGGAUGCCCGCAAACUUGUGCUGCCCACCAGAUUCGAAUUUGAGCCAAACUACUUCUAUAGAUAUGAACAUGCGCCCAGUAUUAAAGUCACUCGAAGAUUUGGCAUUUCGGAUGACGAAGAUUUGGACCGAGAUGCGCAUUCGGCAAUUGACGAUGGCGGUGAUGAUGUUGAACUCUUUGACAAUGAUCAUUUUAGCGCCGACACUCCCAAUUCGCCGACGUCCGGUGUUCAGCCGGGUGGAGAUCCUGGUGCCUCGUUCAUGGGCGGCGAUCCGUCAAUUGGUGUUAAUGUAACACAAGGCAAUAACUGCAAUGAUACGGUGCUCGAGAUUGCCACAGAUUUUGAAGGCGCACCAACGCAGGUUACCAAAGUAAUUGUGCCUUUUGCAAAACGUGCCAAGGUAAUUGACAUGAAGAAUCUCAAACGCAGCUGCAAUACCUUAAUACAAAAACAAUUGCUAAAAGAAAUUUCGGAGGAAAGCAUACCAGCUCAUCCAAAAUCUGAGAAUGAACAUUACGCCAAAGGAAUGGCCUCAUUUAAGGAUGUUUACGAUACAUUGCCCAACAUGCUGUCCACUAAAAUGGCAGAUUCAUUAUCACCCUCGGUGGCAUUGUAUGCUGUUCUCCAUUUGGCCAAUGAUAUGAGAUUGCGUCUCAUUCCGCAGGAUGACAAUGAAAACUUUACAAUAAGACAAGUAACGGAUUAAGAUAAAAUAUGUAUAGACUUUGUAUAUUAAUAACAGUUAUAAUUAUCAAUUUCCUUAAUCAGAAAUACCAGUAUUCCCAUAACCUUAUCAAUCACUUCAUCAAAUAACUCUGUGUAUUAAUAUUAAUGUGCAUCAAUCUCAGUUGUAUAUUUAAUUCCGGUUACUUUAAAUAUUUGUCAUCUUAACAUUUUUCAAAAAUAUUUAUUAAAAGAUUAAGCAGCAACUGAAAUUCUAAUCGUUUAUUUAAAUGUUCCAAUUUUUUCAAGCGAGUUUUUCACUGAGCUAUUUGACUAAAUCUGUAACUGACAACUUUUUAUGCAGUUCUGCGUUUUAUCCGCUCACUUUGUUGCUUCUCAGUUAUCAUCUCGGCAAAACUUACACAUUACUUUUGUUUGUUGUGUGCAUUUUGUUGACUCAGACACAGUGAGAAAGGAAAAUGACAAAACGGAAGCCAUUGUGGGUGGCUUUGUUUUCCUUUGUUUUAAUGUUUAAUUAUACCCUGUAAUAAGACCUUAUUGUCGAGUAUUUGUAGAUGA